GUCUUCGUUUCUUUUUUUUUUUUAAAGAAAACUCUUCAAUCUUCUUCAAAAAUGUCUUUAUUAAACAAAAAAAGAAAGCCUUUUAUAGGUGUAUCGGCACCUCUUGGAUACGUACCAGGUCUUGGUAGGGGAGCUACCGGUUUUACGACUCGUUCUGAUAUUGGUCCAGCCAGAGAAGCUACAGAUAUCAGUGAUGAAAGACACGGCAAACCAGCGCAUCUACAGAAAAAAGAUGAUGAAGAUGAAGAAGAAGACUUGAAUGAAUCUAACUACGAUGAGUUUGCAGGCUAUGGAGGGAGCCUUUUCUCUAGCGGUCCUUAUGACAAAGAUGAUGAAGAAGCCGAUGAAGUAUAUGAAGCCAUUGAUAAAAGAAUGGACGAUAGACGAAAAGAAAGAAGGGAACAGAAGCUGAAAGAGAAAAUAGAAAAGUAUCGACAAGAACGACCAAAAAUUCAACAACAGUUUGCUGACUUGAAGGUCUAUUUUAGCCUGGUCCAAUGCUGGCUUCUUUGACCCACCAUCUUUUGGCUCAACGCAGCCAUUUCUCAUAUCUUCAUCGGAGAAGAGAAUUGACAGCAAAGCCGUCGCAUAAAGCUUUGGCUUUCUGGCCUUGGAAUUUACGUGUGUCAAUAAGUUUAUGCCAUUGAAGAUCUGAAAAAAGAGUAUACUUUUAAGUCUGAAAUGUUACUGUCAAAUUAAAUUUAAAAAAGUUGUUUCGUGUUUUCACUUGAAACUUACAAAUUCCUCAUUAUUGUAAUCAGGUGACUCUGAUCCACUGGGGCUCUGAGGCAUAGUUUCCUGAAAUGAAAAAACAGAAAAGGUGCAUGAGAUAAAAUAAAAUUUUCUUUCAUACUUGCA